AUGCCCCUUUAUGCGAAAUUCAUGAAACAGGUAUUAUCUAAUCGCAAGAAGUUAGAGGCGGUGGUGACCAUCAGUCUUAAUGAAGAGUGUAGCGCGGUUAUCCAACGCAAUAUUCCUCCUAAGCUCAAGGAUCCUGGGAGCUUUUCUUUGCCCUGCACCAUUGGAAAAGUCGGAGUAAAAAGAGCAUUAUGUGAUCUUGGAGCUAGUGUGAGUUUGAUGCCAUAUUCAAUCUACAAAAGACUUGGUUUGGGAGAGCUAAAGAAAACAAGGAUAUCACUUCAACUUGCAGAUCGAACUAUAAAAUAUCCACUUGGUGUACUUGAGGAUGUUUUGGCUGAAUGA